AUUUUCUCUUCUUCUCUUUAACGCCUGUUCUUUCCAGCUCGGGAGUAUAAUAUUGAUGCAUUUUACACGCUCCCUCGCUGUUCUCGCAUCCGUUGCAUUGGUCAACGCAGUCCCAGUUCCUCAAGAUGCAGGAACUACUACAGCUUCUCCAUCAUCUGGAGACUCGCCAUCCAAUGCUAUCAAACUUGUCAGCGAAAGCGAUUUUUGUUUGUUCUUGCCUCCUCAGCCCGGUCUUGAGGUCGCCACCAACGAGGACAAUGGUAUCCCUUUCUGUAGCAAUGGCCCUACCGACGUUCCCGGUGCCAAACCUUUCCCUGAUGGAUUCAUCACCGUCGCCCAUUACCAACAAAACGAUACUUAUCAGCAAGUGACAGGUUACAUGAACCCAUCCACUUAUCAACUCAGCAGUACUGAUGAGGGUGGUCAGUAUGAUAAUCAUGGUAACGGCAAGCCCGUUGGCGCUUCUUGCCAGGGAUACAGUUAUUUUGUAUCCAUUAUUGAACCUGCCGACAAUCGUUUUUGUAUUCGUUGCUGUCAGAAUGUGGACGACUGUAACACUGGUCGCUCUGGAUACGGCUGUUUGAGAGUCGUUCCCGGCGAUUACACUCAAGCAGAUGGUACACAGCCAUCUGAUGCAGCCUCUGCUUCUGCUCCCAUAGCCUCCAGCACUGACACUGAUGCUGGUGCUCAACCAACCGACACUACCACUCCCGCUGACCCAACUGAUGAUGGCGAUGACACAGCUGAUGAUACCGAUGAUCACUCCGACGCAGGCUUGUCUAAUAACUGGGCUGAAGACGAUGUCUUGAGCCCUGGUGUCGAUGAUAUUGGCUCUAACCCAUCCACUGGCAAUGCUGAUACCGGUGAUGUUACUGGCUCCGACCCAGCCACUAACAAUACCGGUACCGAUAAUGGAACCAACUCCAACAGCCCAGUUUCCGGCAUUGUUUCUUCUGAAUUCCCUACCGAAGUCACCUCUCUUCAGGAACUUCUCGCCAACGGUACCUCUGUUCAAGACAUUCAACAAAGCUUCCAGCAGUUCGUUCAAGGCAUUGAGACCAAGUAUCCCAACGCUGCUCAACCUUUGCAACAAUUGGUUGCAUUGACUAGUGGCUUCACAACCACUGAAGAAUGGCAGAACUUUGUUCAGACCCUUCAAACAAAGAUUGCCAACGCUGGCAAUGGGGGUUCUGGUAGUGAUGCUGACAUCGCCAGCCUACCUCCUACUCCCUCUUCUUCUCUUCCCGUUAGCGAUGCGUCCGUGUCGGGUGGUCUCGCAACGGAUGCUCCUUCUUCCGCACCUUCCAGUGAUGCUCCUAUGCCCACCGCUACAACUGACCCUACCACCGAUGCGAUCCCGCCAACACUUUGAUGCCUUCCUCCGUCGAUUCAGCUGCUCCAUCUGCCACUCCCACUGGCAACGUGGAUUCUUCACAACCCUUGACUGCUGAACAACUGGACCAGGAGCUUAACAAUAGAUUCGAUUCACUUGAGCAGAAGCUUAUGGACGAGCUUCGUACAUUGUUGGGUAACAACACUACCUCAACAGAACAUAAUGACCAUAACAACCAAGCUGCCUGGUAAAAUAAAUGCCGUCACGCGAAGCGUUGAGGUGUCACUGUGAAAUGAAACAGCCUAGAACAAAAGUAUAUCAAAAUUUUGUGAAAUUUGAGUACAUUGUAUUAUUUUUCUUGUAUAAAGACCAUAUAAACAGCAAAAUGCGAAGUGAAAUGGAAU